AUGCCAGAACCAGUCAAAAAAGCAGUUUCAGCAUUUGCCAAGAAGCCAAAGACUCAGGAGGCAGCAGAGGGGUCCACUGUGGUCUUUGAAGCAGAGACAGAGAAGCCUGAUGCUAAAGUAAAAUGGCAGUGUAACUCAAAGGACAUUGCCAGUGGCAACAAAUACGUGAUCACGGCUGAUGGAAACAAGCACUCCCUCACUAUUACCGCUAUUGCCAAGGAAGAUGCCAAUGUCUAUGCAGUGAUCGCUGGGGGGUCAAAGGUCAAGUUUGAGCUGAAGGUCGCAUCAAAGCCAGAAUCCCCAGCUGAGGCCCCUGCUGAUGGACCCGGGGAGUCCACUGUGGAACCAGAAAAGUCCCCAGCAGCACCCACAGAGGACCAGCCAGCUGCCCCAGCACAAGAUGCUCCUCCAGCCGAGGACGGACAGCCUCCAGACACCAGACAGGACCUGACUGGACUCUUCACCGAGAGGCCCCAGAGUGGGGAGGUCACUGUAGGUGAAAAUAUCACAUUUGUGGCUAAAGUCAACGCUGAAUCAUUGCUGAAGAAACCCACCAUCAAAUGGUUCAAAGGGAAGUGGAUGGACCUCGCCAGCAAGUCUGGAAAACACCUGCAGCUGAAGGAAUCGUAUGAUCGCAACACCAAGGUCCAUACGUUUGAGAUGCACAUCAUCGCAGCCAAGCCUAACUUUGCUGGCGCUUACAGGUGUGAGGUUUCCUCCAGGGACAAGUUUGACAGCUGUAAUUUCGACUUGACCGUACAUGAGUCUUGUGCUGUGGAAGGGUUUGACAUAAGAGCGGCUUUUAGGCGGACGAGUGAAGCCGGUAAGAAGAGAAGUGGACCACAAACAAGUAGUACAGAUGGAAAAGAAGACUCGGGAGAGCUGGACUUCAGUACCUUAUUGAAAAAGAGCAGCAGUUUCUUAAAAUCCUCCAAUCGAGCCGUGCAGACAAGCUCGGAGCCUGACGUGGACGUGUGGGAGAUUCUCCACCACGCUCCCGCUUCAGAAUAUCAGAAGAUCGCUUUUCAGUAUGGCAUUACCGACCUGAGAGGCAUGCUCAAGAGACUGAAGAAGAUGAAGAAAGAAGAGAAGAAAAGUGAAGCUUUCCUCAGAAAGCUGGACCCUGCCUACCAAGUGACAAAGGGACACAAAAUAAAACUGGCCGUUGAGGUCGCCAAUCCAGAUGUUGAGGUGAAAUGGCUGAAGAACGGGCAAGAGCUCCAUCCAACUGGGAGCAAGUACAUCUUUGAGAGUGUUGGCAACAUGCGCUACCUCACCAUCAACCACUGCUCCCUGGCAGACGAUGCAGCAUACUGCUGUGUGGUGGGAGAGGAGAAAUGCACCACUGAGCUCUUUGUUAAAGAGCCUCCCGUCCUGAUCGUGAAGAAUCUGGAGGAUCAGAUGGUGAUGAAGGGCGAGCGGGUGGAGUUAGAGUGUGAAGUCUCAGAGGAAGGAGCCAAUGUUAAAUGGGAGAAGGACGGCGUGGAAUUGACUAGAGAUGAGUCUUUCAAGUAUCGCUUCAAGAAAGAUGGCUGCAAACAUGUCCUGAUCAUCAAUGAGGCCACGAAGGAGGACUGCGGCCACUACAAGGUUAAAACGAACGGCGGCGAGUCUAUGGCUGAACUCCUGGUGCAGGAGAAAGACCUGGAGGUCUACCAGAGCAUCGCAGACCUCACGGUGAAGGCGAAGGAUCAGGCAUUGUUUAAGUGCGAGGUGUCCGAUGAGAACGUGAGGGGAACCUGGUACAAGAACGGCGUAGAAGUCAAGUCUGAUGCCAGAAUAAAUAUCACUCAUAUUGGCAGGAUCCACAAACUGACCAUUGAUGAUGUCAAACCAGAGGAUGAGGGAGACUACACUUUUGUGCCCGAUGGCCACGCUUUCAACCUUUCGGCUAAACUCAAUUUCUUGGAGGUGAAGAUCGAUUAUGUGCCCCGCCAAGAUCCUCCUAAGAUCCACCUGGACUGUAUGGGUCGCACUGCCGAGUCCACCAUCGUGGUGGUGGCCGGCAACAAACUGCGUCUGGACGUCCCCAUCACUGGAGACCCUGCUCCCACUGUGGUCUGGACCAAAGGAGAGAAGGCUAGUUCUGUAAAACCCCACGGAGAGGAGGCAGGAGGGCCCACAUCCUCUUGGACCCUGAACGACGGGGAAGUUGUCACAGAGGGAGACGGUCGAGUUCAUGUGGAAACCACCAAAGGACACUGCAUCUUCACCAUCGAGGGGGCCGAGAGGCAGGACGAGGGAGUCUACUCUGUUGUGGUUCGAAACCCUGCUGGGGAGGACACAGCGGAUAUCAAUGUGAAAGUUGUCGAUGUUCCAGAUCCACCCCAGGCUGUCAAAAUCCUCAGCGUGGGAGAGGACUCCUGUGUGGUCCAGUGGGAUCCUCCCCUGUUUGAUGGAGGACAGCCAAUUAUUGGCUAUGUGCUGGAGAGGAAGAAGAAGAAGAGCUACAGGUGGAUGAGGCUGAACUUUGAUCCUUAUCCUGAAACAACCUACGAAGCCAAGCGGAUGAUUGAAGGAGUGGCGUAUGAGAUGCGCGUCUACGCCGUCAACGGCAUCGGCAUGUCUCGUCACAGUCCGGCCUCGCAGCCUUUCGUGCCGGUCGCCCCGACAAGUGAGCCCAUCGGACUGUCCGUCGAAGACAUCAGUGACACUUCCAUCUCGCUGAAGUGGCGCCCGCCUGAGAGGAUCGGCUCAGCUGAACUCGAGGGUUAUGGGGUUGAGUACUGCAAGGAGGGCACGGAUGAAUGGACACCAGCCAUUCAGGGGCUGACUGACAGGACAUCAUUGGUCGUCAGAGGUCUCACCACCGGAGACAAGCUGCAGUUCCGGGUGCGAGCUUUCAACAUGGCAGGACCCAGUGCUCCCACCACUCUGGCUCAACCUGUCACCAUCAGAGAGAUAAUGCAACGGCCAAAAAUUUGGCUCCCCAGAAAUCUCCGCCAGACGCUUAUCAAGAAAGUUGGAGACACCGUCAACAUUGUGAUUCCAUUCCAGGGUAAGCCCAGGCCAAAGGUGACAUGGAGCAAAGACGGGGAGCCUCUAAACCCCACAUUCGCUAGCGUGAGAAACAGCGAAGUGGAUACGAUCCUCUUCAUCCGCAAGACAGACAGAAAACACUCGGGGAAGUAUGAUCUCCAGGUGCAGAUUGAGAAUGUGGAAGACACAGCGAGCGUCAUACUGCAGGUUGUUGAUCUCCCAGGGCCCCCUCAGGCUCUAAAGAUCAUGGAUGUCUGGGGCUUCAAUGUGGCACUCGAGUGGAAGCCACCUAAGGACAACGGUAACUGUGAAAUAAGUGGUUACACCAUCCAGAAAGCUGACAAGAAGACCAUGGAGUGGUUCACAGUCUACGAACAGUACAGGCGAACCAACUGCGUCGCGUCCGACCUCAUCAUGGGGAAUGAGUACAUCUUCCGAGUCUUUGCCAUCAACCUGGUGGGCCUCAGCCAGGAGCCCUGCACCACAAAAGACUGCGCUUACAUCCAGAAAACAGGUAUCGCGUACAAGCCGCCCAACCACAAGGAGCACGACUUCUCAGAGGCUCCCAAGUUCACACAUCCUUUAGUGAACCGCUCCGUCAUAGCAGGAUACAACGCCACCCUCAGCUGCUCGGUCAGAGGCAUACCAAAGCCCAAAGUGACCUGGUACAAAAACAAGAUGGACAUCUCAAAUGAGGCCAAGUACCGGAUGCUCAGUAAGCAAGGUGUUCUGACGCUGGAGAUCCGCAAGCCCUGUCUGUUCGAUGGGGGGGUGUAUAUGUGCAAAGCAGUCAACGCCAGUGGAGAAGACACAGUGGAGUGUAAACUGGAGGUCCGCCCUCAAAUUGCUAAAGAAGAAAAGAAGUGAGAAGUUCGAGCUGCCGACUGAGGAGAGGCUCAAUUUGUCUCCAGCGACUCCUGCAUGAACCUCUUCACCUGCAUCACAAACCAUAUUUAGCCCACCUCCUUUUUUGUUUGUCUGGUCAUCCUCACUGUCAUUGUUAGUAACAUGUGUAACACUGGAUUUGCUGUUAAUUAAAAGGGAUAUUUUAGUAUUUAUGUUAGUAAUAACUCAGGCUCUGUCACUCUGUUCUACACUCAUUUCCAAGAGUAGAGAUGAAAGGAUGGUGGAGUCCAGUUAAUAUAGA